AGAUUUCACAACAUGGUCAAGGAAACAAAAUUGUACGACUUAUUGGAAGUUUCACCUUCUGCCUCUGAGACGGAAAUCAAGAAAGCCUACAGAAAGGCAGCCUUGAAGUACCAUCCAGAUAAACCUACUGGGGAUACUGAAAAAUUCAAGGAGGUCUCUGAAGCAUUUGAUAUUCUUUCCAACGGAGACAAAAGGCAAGUCUAUGACGACUACGGCUUAGAAGCAGCCAGAGGAAAUGCACCAGCUGGUGGAAAUCCAUUCGCUGGUGCCGGCUCUGGCAAUCCUUUUGGCGGUGCCGGAGGUUAUGGCGGAGGUCACCACGGCUUUUCUCAGGCUGAUGCCUUCAACAUUUUCUCACAGAUGGGAGGAUUUGGAAUGGGAGACGAUGGAUUCAGCUUCAGCAGUAGUGGCCCUGGAGGUUUUGGAGGUGGCCAUCCUUUUGGAGGAGGUGCUGGUGGUAUGCCUGGAGGCUUUGGUGGCCAGGGAUUUGGCGGCCGUUCUGCUCGUCGUCCAGAGCCUGAUACCGUUUCUAUGCCCUUACCAGUCUCUUUAGAAGAUUUGUUCCAUGGUGGUGUCAAGAAGAUGAAGUUGAACAGAAAGGGACUUCAUGGAGAAAGAGAGAGUAAGGUGUUGGAAGUCAACAUCAAACCAGGCUGGAAGGCCGGAACGAAGAUCAACUUCACCAAUGAAGGAGACUAUCAGCCAGAAUGUCAAGCCAGACAGACCCUUCAAUUCGUGUUGGAAGAAAAGCCUCAUCCUGUGUUCAAAAGAGACGGUACCAGUAACAACUUGAUUGUGAACCUUCCAAUAACCUUCAAAGAAUCCUUGUGUGGGUUCGAUAAGGAUAUAACCACUAUUGAUGGAAAGAGACUUCCAUUCUCCAAGACUCAGCCAGUCCAACCUAACUCUUCAGCACUAUACCCAGGCUUAGGUAUGCCAAUCAGCAAGCUGCCAGGCCAAAGAGGUGAUAUGGAAGUGAUUUUCAAAGUUGACUAUCCUAUCAGUUUGACUCCUCAACAAAAACAAGCAAUACAGACCAAUUUCUAGGAUCAAGAAACAUAAAACACAAACACAAAUACAAAACAUAACGACUACACAAUUCAUCGCUGCGAUUUGUCACGAUUAAUAGACGCAUUACAUAGAAUGUUCCUCGGCUGGACAUAUCCAUGACAUUCCUUCACUUCUUGAUAAACUUACUGCUUUGCCGAUUUGCAUGCUAAUAUAAAUAGUACUACUACAAUCAAUAUAAUCAUUAGAACAGAAAUAGUAG